AUGUCAGGUUCGAACGAUCUUGGUCAGUGGUAUAAGAGUAUACCUCCAAUAACUCGUGUUUGGUUUACAGCUUCUAUUGUUGUUCCUCUAGCUGUAGCAUUAGGAAUACUUAACUCAUUUCAUCUUGUGAUAUAUGGUAAUUCAAUUAUACAAUAUUUCGUAAUGUUCAUGGCUGUGUUUAUGCAUGGGCUAAAUUUUGAAUAUCUUGUGAAGCUAUAUUUCCUUUACAAAUAUAGUUCACGUCUGGAAACAAGUACAUUUAAUGAUCGACCAGCUGAUUACGUAUUUUGUUUAACAUUUCUUUGGCUAUGUAAUAUCAUUGUUCUUUUCAUUCUUCGCAUACCUGGAUCGAUGGGUAGUAUGGUUAUGUGUGUUGUUUAUAUUUGGUGUCAAUUAAAUAAAGAAGUAAUAGUGUCAUUUUGGUUCGGUACGCAAUUCAAAGCAAUGUAUAUUCCAUGGGCUAUUUUGUUAUUCAAUUGGAUUGUUCAUAAAACAUUUCAAGAAGAUUUGUGUGGUAUUGUUAUUGGUCAUCUUUAUUAUUUUCUUGUUUUCAAAUAUCCACAAGAUUUUGAUGGCGUACGAUUAUUAAACACACCGAAGUUUCUAUAUCGUUAUUUUCCGAAUAAACGACGAAGUACAAGUGGUUUUGGUACAGCACCAAUAAAUCGCCGACAACCAUCGGAAGACACUGAGAGUACUACCGUUCGUAAUCGACAAGUAUUCGGCGGUCGCGGUAACGUUCUUGGUACUGGUUAA